UCCCUCUUGGCGAGGACAGUCCCCGCGCCGCCGCUCUGUUCUCUCACUGCCCAGCCUGGCCGAAUGGCGGAGGAGCCCCUCUCCCUGGGCACCUUCCAGCUCCCAGGCGUGUUGCUUUUCCAAAUGGCCCAGCCCCGUCCCAAGCCCUGAUUGCCUGCUAGCGAGGCACCGAGCCCCGGAGGCUCCGAGCGGGGCGGGGAGGGAGGAGGGGACCCGCCUCGAGGAGCCGGAGGCUGCCUGGAGCCGACUUUUCGCCAAUGGUCCAAAGCGACAUGUCCAAGUCGCCUCCCACAGUGGCGGCUGCGGUGGCGCAGGAGCUCCCGAUGGAACUGCUGGAGAACGCGGCGCCCGCGGGGGCGCUAGGAGCAGCGGCACAGUCAUAUGGAAAAGGAGCUAGAAGGAAAAACAGAUUCAAAGGAUCUGAUGGAAGCACGUCCUCUGACACUACCUCAAAUAGUUUUGUUCGUCAGGGUUCGGCAGACUCCUACACCAGCCGUCCAUCCGAUUCAGAUGUGUCUCUGGAGGAAGACCGGGAGGCAGUGCGCAGAGAAGCAGAGCGACAGGCCCAGGCCCAGUUGGAAAAAGCAAAGACAAAGCCCGUUGCAUUUGCAGUUCGGACAAAUGUCAGCUACAGUGCAGCCCAUGAAGAUGACGUUCCGGUGCCAGGCAUGGCCAUCUCAUUUGAAGCAAAAGAUUUUCUGCAUGUUAAGGAAAAAUUUAACAAUGACUGGUGGAUAGGGCGAUUGGUUAAAGAAGGCUGUGAAAUUGGAUUCAUUCCAAGCCCAGUGAAACUCGAAAAUAUGAGGCUACAGCAUGAACAGAGGGCCAAGCAAGGGAAAUUCUACUCCAGUAAAUCAGGAGGAAAUUCAUCAUCCAGUUUGGGUGACAUAGUACCUAGUUCCAGAAAAUCUACACCUCCAUCCUCUGCUAUAGACAUAGAUGCUACUGGCUUAGAUGCAGAAGAAAAUGAUAUUCCAGCAAACCACCGCUCCCCUAAACCCAGUGCAAACAGUGUAACGUCACCCCACUCCAAAGAGAAAAGAAUGCCCUUCUUUAAGAAGACAGAGCACACGCCCCCCUAUGACGUGGUACCUUCCAUGCGACCCGUGGUCUUGGUGGGCCCUUCUCUGAAAGGGUACGAGGUCACAGAUAUGAUGCAAAAAGCUUUGUUUGAUUUUUUAAAACACAGAUUUGAAGGGCGGAUAUCCAUCACAAGGGUCACUGCAGACAUCUCGCUGGCCAAACGCUCAGUGUUAAAUAACCCCAGUAAGCACGCAAUAAUAGAAAGAUCCAACACAAGGUCAAGCUUAGCGGAAGUUCAGAGUGAAAUAGAAAGGAUUUUUGAACUUGCAAGAACAUUGCAACUGGUAGUCCUUGAUGCAGACACUAUUAAUCAUCCAGCUCAACUCAGUAAAACCUCUUUGGCCCCUAUUAUAGUAUAUGUGAAGAUUUCUUCUCCUAAGGUUUUACAAAGGUUAAUAAAAUCUCGAGGGAAAUCUCAAGCUAAACACCUCAAUGUCCAGAUGGUAGCCGCUGAUAAGCUGUCUCAGUGCCCACCAGAGCUGUUUGACGUGAUCUUGGAUGAGAACCAGCUCGAGGAUGCUUGUGAGCACCUUGCCGACUACCUGGAGGCCUACUGGAAGGCCACCCAUCCUCCCAGCAGCAGUCUCCCCAACCCUCUCCUCAGCCGUACUUUAGCUACUUCAGCUCUGCCUGUUAGCCCCACGCCUGCCUCUAAUGCACAGGGCUCUCAAGGUGACCAGAGGACUGAUCGCUCUGCUCCUGCCCGUUCUUCCCAAGCUGAACAAGAACCCUGCCUGGAACCAGUGAAGAAAUCCCAGCACCGGUCUUCCUCCUCAGCCCAGCACCACAACCACCGCAGUGGUACAAAUCGAGGCCUCUCUAGGCAAGAGACAUUUGACUCAGAAACCCAAGAGAGCCGAGACUCUGCCUACGUGGAGCCGAAGGAGGAUUACACCCACGAACAUGGGGACCACUACGUCCCUCACCGUGACCACAACCACAGGGAUGAGCCCCACGGGAGCGGUGAGCACAGACACAGGGAGUCUCGGCACCGUGCCAGGGACCUGGACCGAGAGCAGGACCACAACGAAUGCAACAAACAACGAAGCCGUCAUAAAUCCAAGGAUCGCUACUAUGACAAGGAUGGAGAAGGAAUAUCCAAAAAAAGGAAUGAGGCUGGGGAGUGGAACAGGGAUGUUUACAUCCGCCAGUGACUUUGGCCCUUUUGUUUGUUUUUGUUUUUUAAAGUCUUGUAUAACAUCACCCUCAAUCUAAAUCUUUGGGGUCGGCAUUGCAAUCAUACGUGAUCUGUCUUGUAUAUUUUGUAUUGCUGUUGCUUAAGUAGCAAUAGCAUGACAGAGUAUUAAUAUACUUUUUUUUUUCUUUUGUAAGUGCUAUAUAAAUUUGCCUGGUACAGCUGCAGUCCUCUGGUCGUGUCCUGGACUUUUCAAAAACUGCUUGGGGUAGCUGUCACUUGAACAAAAUCUGUUGCCAUCCAGGUGGCGUUAGUAUUUUAGGAAAUGUCAUUGAUGUUUUCAAAAAAUGUAGUUGCUAUAUCUAGCAACCCAGAAUUGGCUCAGAUAAAAAGUGGAAUUUCUUGAUUCUCCAUAUUUUUAAUAUGUAGGCACCUGAUUUGCAUAUUAAUUCAUCCAUGGACCACUGUUUCUUGCUUGUACCUCUGGCUGACUAAAUUUGGGGACAGAUUCAGUCUUGCCUUACAUGAAGGGGAUCAUAAAGUUAGAAUCUAUUUUCUAUGUACUAGUACUGUGUACUGUAUAGACAGUUUGUAAAUGUUAUUUCUGCAAACACCUUCUUAUAUAUAAUAUAAAUAUAAAUAUAUAUAUAUAUAUCAGUUUGAUCACACUAUUUUAGAGUCUUAAUGCCAAGUGAGCAGAUUUGCUUUACGAAUUACAGGGACUAGAAAUGCCCACCUUCAGGAAAUUUGUAAUAACAUCGUCUAGGCACCUACCCCCCCUUCUAGUAGAAAGUCUGUAUGUACAUACUGUAAAUAUGUGUGAUUGCUUGACUUGAAAAGGUUUAAUUUCUGAAUGUUUUACCAUCCUUGUAAGUUUAUAAUUUUGACCAUAAAUUAUGGUAAAUAUAACCAAACUCCAAAGGUUGUUCUAAUCCAUGCAGCUCACACAGAUUGUGACACAUUCUUAGUAGCUAGUGUCUCAUGUCACUGCACUGGAGGCUACAAGCCGGAACUCUGUCUGCACACAUGUGUGCGUCCGUGUGUAAGAGUAUGUGUGUGUGAUUGGUUGAGAUGAAUCUGUAUGCUGAAGACUAAAAGAAACUAGAGACUGAUACCUACAGUUCCGCCCACCUGGCUUUGAACCGAACUGUGCUGCGUGUUGCUUUUAUGGUCAUGGAGCAGUCAGGGAGCAUGCUGCCAAAGGUGACUGGGAGAGUGUUCAUCUGUAGGCUCCUUGUUUUUACUGCUAGGGAGCAAAAAAUACAGGCAACUUUUAACUGUGAGUGUUUCACUGGAAAUGUACAAUCUUUGUGUGUUCGAGUAUUUGUUAUAGAAAGAAAAGUUUACACAGCUUGUAGAAUUAUGUUGUGGGAAAAUAAAUUUUUCUACCUUCUCCCACUUCCUUUUCUAACCCUGCUUAUUGUUCCCGUUAUCUCCCAGUUCACCUAUCAUUUCACCCCCCGCCACGAACUCAAACGAGUUUCACUGUCUGUCAAAACCUAGAAGUGCUUCUUAUAACCAAAGUUUCUUCUCUUCAGAAGUAAUCAGGGCAAAUGGGGUGACUUGAAGUGAACAAAAUGAGAACAUUUUCUUACAUGAGACAUCUACUCGGAAGGGGAAGCAAGAAGAUACUAUCUCCACACCUCAGUGACACUGCUGUAAGCAGCUCACAGUGUGACUGUCAUGCUAAGGCUAAAACCUCUCCAUGUCUCCUACGUGUACAUUCUGUCCAGUUGUCACUGGACAGGUAAGACAGUAUUAGGUGUACAAGUACCUAGCACUUGAAGUUUGUCCUUGGAAAAUGCCUGUCUAUAAUUGCCUCACUUCAGAUUUGUACAUUAUAUAAUUAUUAUUUUGUUAAACAAGUUAAUCUAUUUUUUGUGUUGCUUCUUUGAUUAUUCUAGGUUCUUGCCAAAUAUUCUUGGACCUUUAUAAGUAAAACUGUUUCACAUUUAACUACUUAUUUCCUUUACCCCCAACAAAGCUCAUUUUUAAAAAUGGGUUACCUAUAUAGCGUUUUAUCAGUUAAUAUGAAACACUUCCCUAAGACUCAAUAUAUUUGUUAAUUAGCUCUGUACUGGUGACGUGAAUUUAUUUAUUGAAUAUAACAACUGUAGUCAUUACUAAUAUGUACUUAUGCAAAGUAGUUGCAUCAUUGGAAAACUGCAUUCCAAUUAAGAUUACUUUUAUAAAAUAUUUCGGAUAAUCUUUCCAUCAUGAUGAGAUGUUGCUGAUCACCAGCCUCAUCCUUUGCUACAUGUAAUUUCAUCCCAGUAAUGAUUUCAGAAUAUUUAAAUUCUUAAAGUAUAACUGGUAUGUACCUAAGCUGCUGCUACCAUUAAUCCCUUUCAAAGAGUCGUGCUGAUGGACUCUAAUUUUAAAUUCCGCCUUUGGAUUCUUAGUUUUUCACUUUCCUGUGAAACAUGUUAGUCCAAAUCCGAGUAUUCCUCAAAAAACUAUAUUGCAGGACUUGGCAUCUAUACAUGAAAACUGUAUGGUGAGCAUCCCUGUAAACAGUAUGCACUAAAUUUGUAAAGAAGAAAUAAUCCCAGAGACAUUUACUGGGAUGUUUUACUGACCUGUGGGAUGCAAAAUUACAGUCCUUUCACACAGCAAAAGCUUAAUCUUAACUUACUCAGUUGCAGAAUCAUGAUUUUUGUAGUCUACCUAGAAAAUGCUGGAAAUGUUAAUAGUUCUACUCUGCUUUUUAUUUUUUGUCGAACCCAUUUCAGUUUUUCCUGUGCUUUUUCUUUACUGUUCAUUUACGUUACUGUUACAGAAAGGUGCUGCUAAAUGUAGGGUGUCUUCGUCACAGUGCACUCGGGACAACGCCACACUUUUAACAUGGCCUGCGACACAUGCCUGUUAAACGUUCGCUGUCGGCUACAUUGAACUGUUUGACAAACCAGAUCUGAAGGCAUUCACAUAAAACAAAUAAAGAGCUGGCAUCUACACUGUUUACUAUUAGUAGUAUCAAUUGUGACUUUAGGAAUGAUUCUUAUAGUUGAGAAUAUAUUAAAUAUUCAACACUUCCCAUUUGUGGAGCAUUUCCCUUGGGGCAAUGCCAAUCAGUGAUGUUACUUUAGUGACCUUCCAUUAUGUAUGAUAAAAUCAUAACUUAAGGUGGGUAAAGGAUCUUUUAAAUAUGAGCACAGCUGAAUAAUCUUCCUCCACCUUAAUACUACAUUUGCAGCAAUUCUUCAUGAAGAUCCAUUUUCAUGACAAAUUGAAUUCCUCACCCUUGUCCGUUUGCUCAACGAUGUAAUGCUGCUAGUCUUGGAAACUCUGAUCUUAUUAACACUUUUAAGAGUCACACUGUUAGAGAAAAAAGGUAACUAAGUGGUUUGGGGUCAGUUGUUUAAUUUUGGCUAAAUUAUAUUUUUAACUAUUUGUACUUCACUUUGCUAUUUAAACUAAAUGUGAUACAGGAUUUUGAAGUAAAAUGUACUCACUGUUGAAUUAAAAUGUUUUUUUUUCUGUUUCACAGAAAUAUGUCAACACUAAAUAUGUUAAAAGAUAAUAUAUUAAUUUUCUUCCACACUUUCCUGAUCUUUUUCCUUUUUAUUGUAUUUUUUCCUUAUGUUUCUUUGUCCUUUAAGAUUGAAUGUGUUUCAUUUUCCUAUUUGCUUUAUUUGAAGGAAAGAAACCCACUGAAAUGUAUGUUAAAGGAAAAAAUUUUAACAGUAUUAUUUGUCCUUAGUGUUUUCAAUAUGCAAAUAUUUUCUUCUAUUUUGCCUGUGACACUUAUGUUUUGCUAUUUAUCAGGAGUAAUCAAAAAUGUACGUAUUUGCUACCAUUUUCAUCCCAGCUUAGCACAUGAGGCUUUAUAGACAUCGUGAGAAGAAAUGGAUUUGGUGGAUU